AUGCAAGAGUUUGCGCAAGAGGUUGGCAUCAAGUUGUUAACAUCGACACCGUACUACGCUCAGGCAAAUGGUCAGGUCGAAGUUGCCAAUAAAGUAAUAAUUAGCCUAAUUAAAAAGCAUGUAGGAAAGAAGCCAAAGAGUUGGCAUCAAUCACUAGACCAAGAUUUGUGGGCAUGUAGAACAUCUCCCAAGGAAGCAACCAGCACCAUGCCAUUUCGACUUACAUAUGGAUAUGAUGUUGUACUACUAGUCGAAAUACGCGUCCAAUCAGUAAGAAUACAAAGACAACAUGAGAUACCAUUCGAAGACUAUUGGAGUGUGAUGACAGAUGAGCUUGUCGAUUUGGAUGAAGAGAGAAUGUUAGCUCUCAACUCGUUAAGAAGACAAAAGGAUAGAGUGGCUAGAGCCUACAAUAAAAAGGUAAAAAAUAAGGUAUUCGCUAUUAAUGAUUUAGUUUGGAAAGUGAUAUUACCUAUGGACAUAAAUGAUAGGGUUUUAGGAAAAUGGUCACCAAAUUGGGAAGGACCGUUUAAGGUAAUACAAGUCUUUACCAACAACGCUUAUGAGUUAGAAGAACUGGCCCCGGACCGACGGGUUAUCAAGGUAAAUGGUAAGUACUUAAAGAGGUAUAAACCUACCCUUCAAGAAUUCACCAUUUCGACGAUGUAA